GUGACUCUCCCGCAGCUGAGCUGCAGUCAGUCUUGUCUGUGAAAAACAACGAGGCAAAUGUGAAGUGUGGGACCGGGGAAACUAGAGCACCAAAGGAAGUAUAAGAUUAAAGUCUACAUACUAUAUAUUGGUACUCCGCGUGCAGUAAAACCUCGCGCCUUCUCUACCUGCGUUGAAAAUUGUAACGUUAUACUUUACUGCGCGGUUGAUCUGAUUAUCAAAGGUUAUGCUGUUGCACCGACUCGACAUCUUCGCUCUGCCUGCCGCGGCAUAGCCAGCGGUUAUCAGUGAUUUCAUUGAUUGAUAUCAGGAUUUCGUGUUGGCCUAGUCUUUUCCAGCAAUAGUCUACUCGUGUAGGACAAUGGACUGAACGUUUUCUUGAAAAGGAACUUUUUUUUUUGUGUUGACUAAUAGUUUAACUUCCGAACUACUCUGAAUCGACCUGAAAAUGUCUAAUACAAAGUUCAAAAAGGAUAAAGAAAUCAUUGCUGAUUACGAAAGUCAAGUUAAAGAGAUCCGUGCCCAGCUGGUGGAGCAGCAGAAAUCCCUGGACCAGCAGACCGAGAUGAGGGUGCAGCUCCUCCAGGACCUGCAGGACUUCUUCAGGAAGAAGUCGGAGAUCGAGAUGGAGUACUCCAGGAACCUGGAGAAACUGGCUGAACGCUUCAUGGCGAAGACGCGGAGCACCAAGGACCACCAGCAGUACAAGAAGGACCAGAACCUGCUGUCACCGGUCAACUGCUGGUACCUGCUGCUGAACCAGGUGAGGAGGGAGAGCAAGGACCACGCCACCCUCAGUGACAUCUACCUGAACAACGUCAUCAUGCGCUUCAUGCAGAUCAGCGAAGACUCCACACGCUUGCUUAAAAAGAGUAAGGAGAUAACGUUUCAGCUCCAGGAAGACUUGAUGAAGGUCCUCAACGAGCUCUACACUGUGAUGAAGACCUACCACAUGUACCACACGGAGAGCAUCAGCGCCGAAAGCAAGCUGAAAGAGGCGGAGAAGCAGGAGGAGAAGCAGAUCGGUCGGGCUGAGCCGGUCUUCAGUAUCCGUCUGGAGGACAAGCACCAGAGACGCAGCUCCGUCAAGAAGAUUGAGAAGAUGAAGGAGAAGCGCCAGGCCAAGUACUCUGAGAAUAAGCUGAAGUCAAUCAAAGCGCGAAACGAGUACCUGCUGACGCUGGAGGCGACAAAUUCCUCCAUCUUCAAGUACUACAUCCACGACUUGUCUGACUUAAUUGAUUGCUGUGAUCUGGGCUACCACGCCAGCCUGAACCGGGCCCUGAGGACCUACCUGUCAGCGGAGUACAACCUGGAGACUAGUCGCCACGAGGGCCUGGACAUCAUCGAGAACGCCGUGGACAGCCUGGACCCCCGCAGCGACCGCCAGCGCUUCAUGGAGUUGUACCCCACUGCUUUCUGCCCGCCCAUGAAGUUUGAGUUCCAGCCCCACAUGGGCGACGAGGUGUGUCAGAUUGCGAUGCAGCCCCCGGUGAAUGGCGAGCUAAUGCUGAGGUUCCAGCAGCUCCAGUCCCGCCUGGCCACUCUGAACAUUGAGAACGAGGAGAUCAAGAAGACGUCAGAGGCCACUCUGACCACCAUCCAGGAUAUGGUGACCAUGGAAGACUAUGACGUGUCCGAGUGUUUCCACCACAGCCGCUCCACCGAGUCGGUCAAGUCCACCGUGUCGGAGACCUACCUCAGCAAGCCCAGCAUCGCCAAGCGGAGGGCCAACCAGCAGGAGACUGAGCAGUUCUACUUCAUGAAAUUCCGGGAGUUUCUGGAGGGCAGCAAUCUCAUCUCCAAACUGCAGGCCAAGCACGACCUGCUGAAGAGGACUCUGGGAGAAGGUCACAGAGGGGACUAUAUGACCACAAGGCCUCCCAAUGUGCCGCCAAAACCUCACGGUGGCACGAAUAGGAGGGCUAGGCCCCGCUCGGUCUUUAACGUCAAGUUGUUUAAUGGAAAUCUGGAGUCCUUUGUCAAGGACUCUGGACAAGCCAUCCCCCGCGUGGUCGAGAGUUGUAUUCGAUUCAUCAAUCUGUAUGGGCUUCAACAUCAAGGGAUAUUCCGUGUGUCCGGGUCUCAGAUGGAAAUCAAUGACAUAAAGAACUCAUUCGAGAGAGGUAACGACCCGUUGACAGAUGACGAGAACAACCACGACAUCAACUCAGUGGCCGGUGUUCUCAAACUCUACUUCAGGGGCCUGGAAAAGUCCCUCCUGCCCAAGGAAAGAUUUAACGACCUUCUCUCCUGUAUCAGAAUAGAGAACCUGUAUGAAAGAUCCCUGUACAUCCGUAAGAUCCUCCUGACCGCCGUGCCCAGGUCUGUCCUCAUCGUGAUGCGCUACCUCUUCUCCUUUCUCAACCACCUGUCCCAGUACAGUGAUGAGAACAUGAUGGACCCCUAUAACCUGGCAAUCUGCUUCGGCCCCACCCUCAUGCCCACGCCUAACAUUGAGGACCAGGUGUCAUGCCAGGCGCAUGUCAACGAGGUCAUCAAGACGGUCAUCAUCCACCACGAGACCAUCUUCCCCGACGCCAAGGAGCUGGACGGGCCCGUCUACGAGAAGUGCAUGGCCGGGGGAGACUACUGUGAGAGUCCCUACAGUGAGCAUGGGGCCAUUGAGGAGGUGGACAACGAGGGAGGGACAGAGACACAUACCAGCGAGGACGAAAGUGAGCCCAUCGAAGCGAUCGCCAAGUUUGACUACGUGGGACGCUCGGCCCGCGAGCUGUCCUUCAAGAAGGGCGCCUCCCUGCUGCUGUACCAGCGGGCAUCGGACGACUGGUGGGAGGGACGGCACAACGGCAUCGACGGCCUGGUGCCUCACCAGUACAUUGUGGUGCAGGACAUGGACGAUAAUUUCUCAGACACACUAAGUCAGAAGGCUGACAGUGAGGCCAGCAGCGGUCAUGGAGCUGAGGACAAAGACAUGUGUUCAGGCAAAGACAUGGGCUCCCCUACAGACACCAAGAUCCCUGACGCCUACAUUGGCAGGCACAGAAAGAGGACGGAGCCCCCAUCCCGCCGCCCCCCUGUCCGCCCCAGUGACGUCCACUGCAUAGUGCACUCCCAGCAGAUCCACGGAGGCCAGGUUCACACCCCUGAGAUGGGUUCUCCGGUGCUGGGUCACUCCUUCAGCCCCCGGGAUCUGCUGCGGAGCCGCAACCACGGCCAGCUGCCCAUGGACAGCCCAGAGCACCGGCGGCGUACCGGCCACGGCAGCCUAACCAACAUCAGCCGCCACGAGUCGCUGAAGAAGAUGGAGAGCCCGCCCAUCCGACGCUCCACGAGUUCUGGCCAGUACACAGCCGUGUUCCAGGAGCCCCACCCACACGGUGGUGGCGGCAAGCCCCUGGACCCGGAGACCAUCGCACAGGACAUAGAGGAGACAAUGAACACGGCGCUGAACGAGCUGCGGGAGCUCGAGAGGCAGAGUUCGGCCAAGCACGCCCCCGACGUGGUGCUGGACACUCUGGAGCAGAGGCAGUCGACCGGGGGCCCCACCCCAGCUAGUUCCAGCGAGUCCCUCAGCCCCCUCCACAACAUCCUGCUGAGGGCCCAGACCGGUGAGGCCGGGGGGGCGCCGAUGCGCCGCAGCACCAGCUCCUCCAGCGACACCAUGAGCACCUUCAAGCCGGUGGUGGUGCCCCGCAUGGGGGUGCAGCUCAAGCCGCCAGCUCUGAGACCUAAGCCCCUGGUCCUGCCCAAGACGGGCCCGACCCACCUCCCCGGCGCACCCCCUCCUCAAGACCCCCUGGACAAGUCGUGCACCAUGUGAACGCUGAACUCUGGGACGGGAGCAGAGGCCAAUGGGAGAAGGGCUCUGAGUCUAGAUACAGUAGCAACAUGUUAUUGAUGUCUAUAGAUUCUAAUAAUAAUUAUAACAUUAUGGACAGUAUAAGAACAGUCCAUUGCUUGGACAUUGAUUAAAGAGAUCUGAGACAUUCAAGUAAGCAAUGAUGCUGUAUUUGUUUUCUUUGUGAGGUGGAUUUGUUUUCUUGCAGUGUCUAGAAGUGAACCAGUGUCAAGUUAGUUAACCACAUUUAUUGACAAUGACAACAUAGGGAUAUUCUCUGGUCUGCUAAACAGACUGAACUACCACAAAGAAAAGGGCAUGUUUCAGUGUGAAUAUUUUCAACAGACAAAUAGUUUGUCAUGAUCAUAUGGAAAAUACUGUAGAAUCUGCUGAAAUGCCUUGCAUCGCUAGAUAAGUCAACUUUUUCUUCAUUACUAUAUACAGUAACAAAUCACAAAGGCUUCCUUCAAGGUUACAGAAACUAGAGAACUACAAAAGAAUGAACGCUAAAGAAACGAAGUGGUGCACGUUUUGUUUACUACUCAGCCAUGGGAAACUAUGGGAAAUGUAGUCCGUGUCGGCUGUGCCCGACUGGAGUUCGCUUCUCACUUAGAUGACAAAUACUUAGGUUUAGAGUACUGAUCGUAAGGCCUUACUGCCACUCAGAAAUAUAAGCUGUCAAUGGUGUUCAAACCACCAAUCGAAAGCUGCUGGUAGUAUGGGUGGAGCUAACUAAUAUUUAUAGCUGAGAUUGAAACGGAGACUGAAGCAGGGAGUGGAAGAGUCCAGAUAUGUGUGUGUGAACAUAAGGGUACACUCAUAUAUAUAUAUAUAUAUAUAUAUUAGUUCUAAACAAGGUCUGGAGGGAGACAAGGAUACAACCACUAUGUGAAAUAUUACCCAUUAUGGAAAUUCUGUGAAAAUUGUUAUACUCUUAAAGACCUAUGUCGAACCUUCGUUGGCCUUCUGUCUUUAGAAUCAAGGGUCCGGUUGAGAAUGGUUUGCUGUACUAUAGACGCCCCACAAUGCAUAUGACCAAUGGUAUACACAACACAAAAGAGCUUGCUUUACUGUACAACAGCACACAAUGCCUGGCUUUCUCUGUCCAAAUGAAUCAUAGUUUUAGAGCAUGGAUGUUACUCUCUUUCUCUCCUUGUGCAAGAGUCCAGAAACUUGUGGAAAGACUCACGGCAACUCUCCCAACGACGGAGUGCUGCCAGUAGCCAUGGACUAACUGACUGUUACUGUAAAAUAAUACCUUGUUCAUCAUACUGCUUCUUGUGUUUCUUGUCAAUGUCAGUGUCUGAGGAGCUUUCUAUCCCAAUAGCCCCCUCUGACCAUGUAGGCUAAUCCUUGUGUUGUGGAUAGAGAGAUGGGCUGGUCCGUUACUCUGUGGGGGAGAUGUGACUGAUGUUUAGAUUCUCCAUCAGGAAUUUGUUAGUACAUGUAGGCGAUUAAACCCCCUCUUGAAUGAUUGAUUUGGUCCUGGGGAAUACAUACUCGCAUGUUCACUGAAGACCAUGUCACAUGAUGUGGGUGUAUGUGACAACUGACCACCAAGGGAACUGGCCUACUCAUACUGGAACUGAAUGCCCCCCUGUUUUCCAAUUCUGUGACAGUGCCCUCUAGAAGUCUGUCUGUGUAGCUGAAGAAAGAUGACAUAUAGGUGCAUGUGUGGGGAAGCUUGCAUCUGGUUAAAGAGCAAGGACAAACAAAAACAAAUUCCCAAUAAGCAAUGUUUUCCUUGAAAUACAAACUGCAACAGGUUUAUUUUUGUCUAUUGCAAAACAUUUAUGUUUAUUAAAAGUGAAUAUGAUCUGAAUUCUGGAUUUACAACCCUUUUUUCUGUCAUGUUUAUUUGUUUACGAUUUUAGUUUUGUUAGAAUUGGAUAGGAUUUUUUUGAACAAAGGAUGUAGAAAUUCAAAAAUGUCUUAAGUUGCAGGUGUCCCACCCAAACCCGGAUCGUAUUCAUUCGACACCAAAUGGAAGAGAACUGACAAACGGAGGGAGUACCAAGAAGAAACACUCAUUUAGUUUUCCGUUUUGGUACAGUGUCUCCUAAUGAACAUGAGCCUGUUGUAUUCUGUGUUUUCUCUCUAUGCCAAUCAUACACAGUAGUGUCCUGCCUGUUGACUAACUUUGUGUCCUUGUACAUCUGUAGUAUGUACACGUGAAAGUGCCUUUGAAAAUGUUUUAGAGGAACUUGAACUAUGUUCUGUACUGUUGCAUUCUCAUUUCAGACCCUGUGUUAAGAGCAGUAGGAGGCGAGAUGAAUGAAUUAAUAAUGAUGAUGCCAUUUUAGAGAGUUAUUAAUUAUUGAAUAAUAAAGAUACUGCUUAUACAUUGUGACAAUGCACUUUUAUGUAUAGAACUGUAUAUUUGGCAUGACAUAUCUUAACUUUUAGAGCUAUUUGAGGGUUGUUCCUCAAGGGUUUUUCUUUCUAAUAAAGGCAAUUGUUCAGUC